AUGUAUAUUGUGCGAGGCUUGUCCAUUGAAGAUCUACUUCAGAAGAUUCGUCAGAAGUUGAAGUUGCAACAAAAUCAGGUAAUUUCUUCAAUAACGGGUAGAGUCCCAAGUGGAAAUCGCAAAUAUGCAGGUUUUAAUCUAACUGAUGAUGAGGACAUUGAUAUUUUUCUUGGAACAUUUGUCCAAAACUCUACUACUUCUCAAUUUGUUGAGUUAUACGUGGAUAUUGAGACAUCAGACGAAAUGUCAACACCGACACGUGGGUUAGACCUUAACAGUCAGACACAAAUGCCGUCAUCAUCGGUACCCCAACCCACACAAUCAACUAUUGCGCAUGGAGAUGAAAGCGACUAUAUGGUAGAUGUUGAACCUGACAAUGAAGAUGAGGAGGAAGAUGAAGACACUCUAUUGGCAAAUGACCAUGAUCAGAAUGAUAGUGAUGGAGGAGAUGAUGAACAUCAUGAUAAUCCCAUAACACAGGAGACAGUUAUCCCUGCGUCCAAUAAUGCGGUUAUUCCACCAACAUCAGAUGUGACACCAUUUUGGGAUGACAUCCCACACUAUGAGGCUGUUAAUUUGGAUUAUCCGAACGAAGACAUACUGGAUGUUGAAGGCUUAGGUCGUGGUCAGUGGACAAGAGGAGACGAAAUGUAUGUGAAACAAGAGUUCCGGUUGAAGAGCGAUGUGCAAGCCGCUAUAAAACAUUACUGCAUGAAUGAGCAUCAAGAAGCUGUAGUGGUUGAGAGUACUACCACGAAGUUGUCUAUGAAAUGUCGUAAGCAUGAAGAAGGCUGCAAUUGGCGAGUAAGGGCAAUUAAACCGAAGAAUAGCAACAGCUGGGUAGUCACUAAAUGGGGUGGAAAACAUUCUUGUGUCAGCACAACCCUUUCGCAAGAUAACAAACAACUUGAUUCACAAUUUAUAUCUGAGGCCAUUCUAGACAUGGUGAAGGCUUCGCCGUCGGUGGCCGUUAUCUUGAUACAAGAACGAGUUACUGCCCUUUUUGGAUAUAAUGUUUCUUAUAGGAAGGCGUGGAAGGGAAAGCAGAAAGCAAUUGCUAAGAUUUACGGUGAUUGGGACGAGUCAUACGCGUUCUUGCCAAGAUGGUUCGCGCACAUGUUGAAUUUUUCUCCGGGGUCUGUUUACCAUAUUCAACAUGGAUCGUGUGUCAUGAAUGGACAAGUUAUUACUGGGUCUAGGGUUUUUCAACGUGUUUUCUGGACUUUCGGUCAAUGUCGGGAGGCGUUUAAAUGGUGUAAACCAGUCAUACAGGUCGAUGGUACGCAUCUGUACGGUAAAUACAAAGGGACAUUAUUGAUCGCCACAGCGCAAGAUGGCAACAAUGAGGUAUUGCCAAUCGCAUUUGCGGUCGUUGAAAGUGAAACUAAAGAUGCAUGGGAAUAUUUUUUGGCAUCCAUCCGAAUGCAUGUAACCAGUAAGACUGGAAUAAGCCUUAUUUCUGAUCGACACAAAAGCAUUUUAUCAGCAGUGGCCAAUCCAGACAUUGGAUGGCAACCUCCUAAUGCAUACCAUGUGUUUUGCCUUCGUCAUGUGGGGAGCAAUUUUAAUACACGAUUCAAGGAUCAAUACAUGAAGGGUUUUCUAAAGAAGCUAGGAUAUGUUGCAAAUAAAGACUACUUUGAUGCCGCGUAUGCCGAGUUCUGCAGCAUUAGUCCAGAAGUCGCUGCGUGGAUUGAGGCUGUUCCAAAAGAGAAGUGGACUCGGAGUUACGACGAGGGUGGACGAAGAUAUGGUCACAUGACAACUAACUUGUCUGAAUCAGUCAAUAGGGUUUUCAAGGGAGCGAGGAACAUGCCAAUAACUUCUUUGGUAAAAUGCACAUAUAGUCGACUUGCUCGUUACUUUUUUAAAAGAGGGUGUAAAGCACAGAAAGAUGUCGAGACAUAA